UCUUUCCAGCGAGGGGAGCGGGUACCAGACGGAUCUGCCUGCCGUCGACCUGGCCGAGUUCCCAAGCCUCUGCCUCGACCCUGCCAACCUCUCCGCCGCCCUCCGGCCUGCCAACGCGACCGUCAGCAAAGUCAGCCUCACCCGACUCUCCACUGGCAUCCCGUCCUGUCCGGAGGUUGAAUACGACACCUCCGUUUUCACCUCAACUAUAAUUACAGAGUGGCACCUAAUCUGCGAGAGGACAUCUUGGAGGACGCUGUUCCCGAUGAUGUACCCAAUCGGGUCUCUGCUCGGGAGCGUCGCCGGGGGCUACUUCAGCGACAGGAUCGGCCGGAAAUUAACAUCCAGGAUCGGCGUCCUGCUGGCCGUGCCCGCGUGCCUCGGGAUCACUGUGGUGCCCUGGUUCAGCGUCAUGUUGGCCAUGAAGAUGCUGGCGGGAUUCGCGGUGAUCUUCCUGUUCUAUCCGUGCUACAGCCUCGCCGCCGAGACGGCGCCGCCACGUUACAGGGGCAUCACCUUGAUGCUCCUCUCCGUGGCCUUCUUCGUGGUCAUGACGUCCUUCGGGGCGCUCGGCUACGUGGUGACGGCGUGGAGGGUCCUCUGGCUCGUCUGCAACAUCCCUCUCCUGCUCGCGAUGCCCAUGACCAUGCUGAUCGACGAGUCUCCCCGCUGGCUGAUCCAGAAGGGCCUCGGGGCAGACGCGGCCGCUGUGUUAGAAAAAGCAGCGCAGAAGAAUGGCGUCCAGCUCUCAGACGGAACCAACUCGUACCUGGAGAAGCUCAAACUGCUGAGCCCGAGUUCCGGAGCAGCGGCCACAGGGGAAGGAUGCCAGUGCUCGUGGGGUUCGACUGCUUUGUCUUACCUCCGGUCGCCUGCCAUGUGCCUCAUCCUUCUGGUUACGCCCGUGCUCUGGCUCUUCCAGAGGAUUGUGUACCUGGGCAUCGUCCUGAGCGCCAACAACUUCACCAGCAACAGCCCCUUCGAGUACGUGAUCAUCUCGGGAGGACUCGGCGGCAUAACUGUGCUCCUGGCGACGCCCGUCAUGGAAAGGCUCAGCAGGAAGACCAUCAUCGUCGGGGCCUUCCUCACCAGCACCGCCAUGCUGCUCUGCGACUUGGCUGUGCCCGCAGAGCACUGGUGGCUCAAGUGGAUUCUCGUCCUGGGCGCCUUCUGCCUCUCCGUCGGGGGCUUCCAGGUUAACUACGUGUUCACCGCCGAGCUGAUGCCGACGGUGAUUCGGACUCGCGGCUUCACCCUCUGCAACCUCGUCGGCAGCGUCGGGGAGGCGAUCGUCCCUGUGGUGACGGAGGUGGCGAGCCGCUACGCCUGGUGGGCCUCCGGCGUGUGCUUCGGGGCAGCGGGCAUCAUGGCAAGCCUCCUGGUGACCUUGCUUCCCGAGACGAAGGACGGGUCACUCCCGGAGACCAUCGCGGACGUGGAGGAGAGACACAACAACAUCAAGAACAAAGACACAGACAAGGACACGAAGAAAGAAAAGGGUUUUGUAUGAUAAACAAACAGACAUAUUAAGAAAAAAACACGCUUUAAUGAAGAGCUAGUGAGGAAGAAUGAACUGUGAUGGUCUUUUCUUUGAGUUCUGUGAUACGGUUGCAGAAAAUGUUCUUUCUGAUAUCCGUAAGAGCAGGAGGAAAGCAAUGACGCAGUAAAUAAUAAUAAUAAUAAUAAUAAUAAUAAUAAUAAUAAUAGUAUAUAUAUAUAUAUAUA